CGGCGAUGGACAUGAUGGACAGUCGUUGACACUUGAAAAGUUUUCUUAUCAUGGAUUAAUAUAGAGACAAGAAAAGCUGCUUUUGAUUGUUGCUUCUUGUCAUGUCUUAUGGGCAGCAUCACCAUUCUGACACCUGUGACGAUGUUUACAACAAAGAAAAGACCAGCGCCCCACAUGUCCAAUGAUCAUCAAAGAUCUGUAUCACUGCAAAAUGUUGGCAGACAGGAAUUAGGAGAAACUGGUUGUCUGCCUUCGAUAACAAAGGAGGAUAAAAUAUUUGGAAAGAUAUCGCCAAGAAAAUUUUCAAUCAAAAAGGGGCACUUGGUGGCGAGGAUUCAUGGUGCAGACAAGGAUGAAGUUUCUGAGCACAAUCAUUUGAAAGUUUCAUUGCGUCCUUCACGUAAGAAAACGACUGUUGGAUUACAAAGUGUUGCACAAAAACGGUUGAGUGUUUCUGCCCCUGCUAUUCUUGAUGAAGUUGACCUUGGAGGUCAAGAUCAUUCAGUUGGUGUGAAGGUCAAUUCUCUGCUUGAUUCGUCUGGGGGUUUAAAGAAAGCAAAUCAUGUGCCAAAGUCGUCUCUUGUGAAUUCUGCUUCCAACUCUGCCAAUCGAAAUCAUACAUCUACUUCUAGUUCAGACAUUGGUUUAUCUGCUAAAACAAAUUCUGGGCGGGCAGAUUCUUUGACACCUGUCCUCCGAGGUGCCCGAAGCCCAACUCCAGUUGCGCAAAAGAAACGCCGUGCUCACAGCCCUGGACCAACCAAUCAAAAGGUUGGGACUGGUUUGAAUAAACAUGGAAUUAGUAUCCUGAAGCAGACGACAGGAUCAGAGGUCAAUGGAGCUGUUUCACCUCUGCAGAGUCCUGCGAAGGCUGGUUUGACAUGGAAUCAGAAGGGGGAGGCACAAUCGCCAGUCAAAAGGUCUGGGACAUGGGACAAGCAUAAACAAAAGAAGCCAAAAGUCAAGCGUCCGCAUGUGUACAUGAUGCACCUCGUGAAGGAUAAGACUGAUGAGUUAGGCCUAGACAUUGCAGGAGGCAAAGGUUCAGCUCGGGGAGAUAUUGGCGUAUUUGUGGCUGGGGUGGUUGACGAUGGCGCUGCAGAGAGGGAUGGGAGGCUGCGAAAAGGUGAUGAAAUCCUGAAAGUGAAUGGCCGCAGUGUGAAGGAGAUGACACUGCAUGAAGUGGCCACGGUCAUGAUCACAUCCCCCAUUGUUGUCCAGUUAUUGGUGGCUUCCAAGCAUAAACCAGUUGAGCAGCACCCCAAGAAGUUGCCCACACCCAAAUUAGUCGUACACUCACCGGAAGAGAAGAGACAGACAAAAAAGAAAAUGCCUGUGCCCAAAAGUCCAACAAUUGCUCGCAUCAUGAAAAUCACCCUCAUGAAGGGUGCUGGGGGGAGAGGUCUUGGCUUCAGCAUCGUCGGGGGUGAAGAUUCUUCAAAAGGCAGCAUGGGGAUCUUUAUCAAAACAGUCUUCUCAGAUGGUGUGGCUGCACUUGAUGGCAGGCUUUCCAGAGGCGAUGAAGUAUUAGAAGUAAACGGAACGCCUCUCAUGGGUCAGAGCCAUAAAGCUGCUGUGAGGCAGUUCAAGGAGAUCAGGAAAGGACCGAUUGAACUCAUGAUCAAGAGGCUGACCAGCCCUAAACCAAGGAUGCGGUCUGAUGCCUUUUUGGAGACCGCACUGGAAACACCACCUCUUUCACCUCCACAGUGGAGAAAAUCUAAAGAUGGAGCCACAGACCAAGAAACGAGCACCACUAACUCAAUUACAUCUGUUGAAUCUUAUUCAAAUGUACCAGUGAGAGAAAACUCCCCAAAACGUUUUGUGAAAAAUACAAACCUGCGUCGCUCGCCUUCCAAGUAUCAGAAAGCAGUCACAAAAUCGUGCAGUCUUGAAAAUUCCCGCUUGUAUAAAUCAGAGGAAAGUCUUGCACGCUUGCAUGAAAAGUUACGGACUAAAGCAGCACGGGAGAUGGUCACAGCCCGAAUUGGUGGAGGAGGGAAUCUGGAAAAUAGACGUUACAAUUUGGUGUUGUCCAUCUCUGACGAUGAAGCAGAGAAACUCUUCGGUCCACUCAAGUCGUCAAAUCUCUCCCCUAGUCAUGAGAAGAGUCAGUCAGAGACAAAUCUCUCCCCUAGUCAUGAGAAGAGUCAGUCAGAGACGAAUCUCUCCCCAAACAAAGAUGACGGAAGUCCUUUUUUUACAGAGUCAUUAGAACCAGCAUUUUCUACUCGGAGUCUGGUGAAUCUCCAUUUCAAUAAACAUGGCUUGGUACUACUAGAGAACGUAGAACAGCAUAAAUCAGACGGAUUGCUUCAUAAAAUUGAACAAGGGUUAUCAGUGCCAUAUUCCAAGCUCUCACUCUCGGAUGGUUAUCAGAAUAUUCACAGUUCGAGCCAUGAUGUAGAUCUUGAUAUAAGCGAUACUUGCUCCACAUUUUCUGACACCUGUAGCUCCCAGUCAAGUGUUUUUGCAUCUCAGUACAGCUCGCAAAACAUCCUCGCGGCUUCAUCAUUGACUACCAUUGAUAUUGAUGGAUACACGCCUCAUUCCCUGGAACCAACACAACCUCCAGCCAAAAUCUCUCUCUCAUCCUCUUCACCUGCUAUUUAUAUGCAUCUUGGACAAGGGUUGCAGUUACAACCCUCUGCACCCUCUGUGGACGUAAACCAGGACCAUGAUAAACAGAAAGGCUGCAAACAGAAAUUGUCCCUUUCAGAACAGAUGCUAAUGUUUGAUAUUGAACAAAGUGGCUCUGUUUCCGUGGCUCAAGAUGGCGUUUCUGUUGGCCAUACAUAUGUUGAAGUAACAAAUAAUGCUGAUCAGGUUGGUCCCAUCAGAAAUGACGUUGAAACUAAAGACAGUGUGCUUUGUUCUGAAUCCGUUGCUGCUGGGUCCAAAAGCAAUGAAUUGGAUCUGAUUUCACCAGGGUGUUCGGCCUUGGAAGAUCAUGUGUCUGACAUGGUUGAUGAAAAUGCUGAAGUUUGUAACAAUGUCAACAUUGAUAACUCAGAGGAGACUGUGUCUGCUCCUAUCAAGAAAUCAAGACGGAAAUUCCGCCCUCGAUCUCAAAGGAAGAGCUCCGAUUCAGCUAUUUUCAGUACAAGUGAAGCCGCUACAAUUCUGGAUGACGCAUCAGAAUGUUGGGGUGACUCCGGAAAUGUUAGCAGUGACAACGAUGGUGCUUUCUCGGAAGUGGCGCCACAAAUUAUUGAAGAGCAGAAACCAAGUGUUCGCAACAUGAUUCAAAAGAUAGAGGAACUGAAAGUUGAUACUUCCGCAGUGGAAAUGCAAUUGAAAUAUUUUCCAAGAAAGGAUUCAAAAAGUGAUGAAGUGUUUCUUCAGUCUCCCAAUUCUUCUGGAAAAUUUGAGAAUGUUUGCUCAAAGUCUGCUAACACUAGAAUGCUCAGCUUUUCUUCAGAUAAAGAUGAUGUCCGCAUCCCCACCGUAGAUUUGACUAGAGCUGCACGUUCCUCAUUGGAUAACAGCUUCGUUGCCUCACCAAAAAGUCUAGAUUCUUCUUUGUUCAGGACAACGAUCCCCACCACAGAUGUGUCAGCUUCAAUAAGUCUGAACUCUCGCUUGAGACCAAAAAGUCCAACCCCAGACAUGGGUAACCCGCGACACGUCCCUCAUGGUCGAGAUGUUCCAGCCAUUCAUUCUCAAAAUACUCCUAUUGCAGAAGUUGUUUGCUCAAAUUCUGCAUCCUUCGGUGAAAUGGAAAUUACGAAAUCUCUGUCCAACGAUCUGCAAAGUGAACCAAAAGAAAGUUCAAUCUCCGCAACAUUGCUAGCUCCGAAUUCUAAAUCACUUGCAUCUGACGAAGAAGCUGCACUGCAAGCUUUGGACGAUGUUCUUGGUUCGUAUCAACAUUCAGACUUCGGAUCGUUAGAUCAAAUUUCGCGAGUUUCACCCGUUGUCAGUGCCUCUGCUGACUCUCAAAAGAAAGAUUUAGAUUCUAUUGAGGAUGCGUUGUGGAAUGAAAAAGAGGCAUUUAAAACCUUAGAUGACGUUCUGAGUUCUUUUCAGCACUCGAACAAUAGUUCCUUUGACUUAUCUAACCGUGAUUCUCCUCAUGUUGAAAGUGGCUAUCCCAAGGACUCAUUGCCUCGUUCACUUUCACCUGGGUCAAGAUUCUGUGAUAUUGAUUCACUAAGGAGUAUAGUUGCUGGUAAAGAUUUCGAUCCAUAUUUUCAGCCAAUGCUUUCUGAUGACUGUGAUGAGUUAGAAUUGUCUCAACGCCCUCUGGCCUCAAGAUGCUUAAGCGCACCAAUAUUUGGUCAGAUUGAAGAAGACCCUAAUGAGGGCGCUAGUGGUGAUGAAGUGGAACAGAGAUACAAGUUACCACAAUUAUGUUCUAUCGAUCCAAACUUGAGCUCAAGGAUGUUAGAACUAAAAUUAGACACGCGCUACAAUUCAACCUCUUUACAAAAGGAACUUGUCUCAAGACCAGCAGACUUAGAUCUGGGCUCAGCGUCGUUAAAUUCAUCUGUGACGGCAGAAAAGCCUAAACAGGGAUCAAAAUUAGCAGUAAUGUUGAAAAAGAGUGCUAGUUUCCUUAAAAGGAAAGAUAAGGAUUCUCCGCCAAAACUGCCAGGCACAGCUAAACCGCAGAGACGGGCUUCUUCUCCUUCAUCUACCUUGGCAACGAGUCCGACAAAAGAAAAGCCCAGCCGACGGAAAUUUUCUUUACAAAGCCCAAUUACCGUCAAGUCAAUGAAGUCCUACGUGUUGGACUCUCCAGCUUCAAAGAAUGAGGACGCCACUCAUGCCAGGCUAGACGACACUUUGGAUAUGACAUUGUUCACACCCAAGAAAGAAUCUCCGAGGCCAGGGUUGUUUGAAGUUAUUUUGGAAAAAGUUCCUGGCCAGUCGAUUGGUAUUGGUGUCAUCUGUAAGGAGACAGCAGAUGGCCACAUGGGUAUCUUCAUUGAGGAGAUCAUGCCAGGCUCCUUAGCUGAUCAGGAUGGGAGAUUUGGGGUUGGAUGCCAGGUGUUGCAAGUGAAUAGUUACGUCAUGUUGAACAUGAGUGCCGCUGAUGCUGGUGUCAUAUUCCGCUCACUGCCAAUAGGACCUGUCCGACUUAUACUGCUCAAUAACGAAGGCUUCGAGAUUGAUAAUAAAGAUGGAAGUAACAAAUUUAUUGAUGACCGGAGCAGAGACUGUGAUUUAAAGAAUAAUAUGUAUUUAUUUGGUGCGGGCAGCUUUAGAAAACAGGGCCAAAGGUCUCCAACGUCAUCAAAUCAUCAAGUCUCCAGUCAAGACAUUCCACAACGCAUUACCAACGAUGCUUCAGCAAAACUAUCCAAUGCACUUUUCGAGGGUAGUGACUCUAGUCCACGGGGAUUACCUAACUCUGAUUCUGGCUACAACACGAGCACAUCUCGUGAGGGUUCAAUGAGGUCCGACCAGCGUCAUAAUACGGAUGUCUCACGAUGCAACACUUCACCCAGCUAUGUCUGUUGUACAGCAAAUUAUUCCAAAACAGAGCCGAAGAUAUCCAAGGACAAUCCGUAUUGGUUUGGGCGACGUUUGUCUUCACCGAAACUGAAACGGAAGAAAAAGGAUGACAUACCCUUGAAUGCUGAUACUGCUGCAAACAAGAAAGAUGAGAUUGUAAACAAUACUGCUUUCAAGUCAAAUCAGACUUUACAUACAGAAACAAAGUCUGCUGAUAUGGUGCCUUUGAGGGGUUUUUAUCAAAAUAAAAACUUACCAAAUGAAAGUGUACUUGCUAGUCAUGAAACGAAACCAAAGACGGAUUUGAAUGAAACUUUGCCGAUAGUUUGUGUCACUACAGGUAUUGGUCAACCUGAAAAGAAUUCUAAUGGCGACAUACCUAAAAUGAGUUUAUCUGGACAAAGUGCAUCCCAGAUAUCAGGGGAUGGGGAAAAUACUGAAGAUGCCCCAGUGGACGUGUUCGAAAGACGGAAAAUGUUCGAACAAUUGAGUGGAAAUAUGUUAGAUAUUUCUGCGAGAAAGUCACCAAUUACUAGUCCAAGGAUAAAGAGACACGCAAGUCAUGUGGAGGAGAAACCAAUGAUUAUCAAGGAUGUUACCAGUGGUCAUUUGUCCGGGCCUCGUGUCAAGAGAAGUGCUAGUCAUUGUGGGGUUGUUGGUGUGUCAGGGAAUCCGGUCCAAGUGGAUGAAAACAUUAAAGAUACUAUGGGGUUUGAUGUCGGAAUGCAUGACAAGUUGUAUCCUACUGCAUUUGAUGGUGCUGUUGGAGAUUCGAAAACAACCAAAGUCAUUCCUCAUGAUGCUGAUUAUGCCAGGGGCCCUGUGGUUCAAACCAAUGAGAGUUCUAAGGAUCAUAAAGAAACCCAACUAUGUAAAGGAAUCCAGGCAGUGGAGCCAGAAAUUAAGCAGGAGAAACCUGAUAUUCUAAUCUUGCAACGUUUACCUGGCGAAAAACUUGGGAUGGGGUUGUACAUAAAAGGGGGCAAGGAACAAGGGACACGCGUUAAUGGGGUGUACGUGGAGAAGAUACUGCCAGGAAGUCCUGCGGAGAGGUUAACACGGGGAACAAAAGGUUUAAAGAUUGGGGAUGAGAUUGUGGAGAUCAACGGUGCCCCGUUGAGCGAGUUAUCUCAAUGUGAGAUUCUAACAGUAUUCCAGGAACUACCUCUAAGGAUUAUUUUGACGGUGCAAAAGGGGGAUGGGAAGAUACCUCUCUCAGAGGAGGAGGGGGAUAGUGUGGAACCACGCAUUGAUGUGGUUCCUGAUUUGACCGCGAGUAAGGUCAAGGUCGAGAAGUCUCAAUCUGAGCGUGACCUCCAUUCUGAUGAAACUCGAUUUGACAAUCGCCAUAGCAAUGAGAGUAGUGACGAUUGGACGCCAUGUUGCAGCUCCGUCGGAACAGACGAUUCUGUGACAGCUGAUGACGAUUCAACACCUGAAGGAUUUGAGAAGAUUCUCGUUAAUACGACGGUCCCACCGAAGGCUGUCUUAGGCCUAAGCAUCACACCCAGUUACGGAUCAACUGCUGGACUUUUCCAGGUCAAUCGCGUACUCAUCAAUGGCGUCUGCUACAGGAACGAUUUGGUGAAAAUCGGUGAUCGUCUGCUCUCAUGCAAUGGUAAACAGCUAACGAACAUCACACUCCAAGAAUGCGUGAAAUGUGUGAAUAUAACUGGGGACGUCACAAUCACUUUGUUACGCAAAAGUGAAAAUAAGGAGGUGCCACCUGUUCACAAAAUAGAUGAGACAGCAUCAGGGGAUUCUGAUCUUGAACAUGGUUAUAUUUCUGAUGAUAGUGAUCCAGAACUCACAAGUUGGAAAAAGUUGAACCCUUCUCGAGGCUCUGAGGCUAAGGUUCUGGCAAAGGAUGUUAAAAGCAAACCAAAACGUAGCAAAAGUUGUCAUGAUGGGAAGGCGCUACAUCCAAAAGCUAUUGAUCAGCAACACAAUAAACUAUUUGCAAGUUCCAGCGUGAGGUUGGCCUUUGCAAGGAAACGCUACCAAAUUCAUCUAGACUCUGAUGACUCUGACACCAACACAACUGUGUCCGACAAUAGUGUUGAGUUGCUCAACUUGCGGAGAUUGAGUUCACCGGAGAUGGAUUCAAACUUUUUCCUGGUUGAUCCGGACACUGCGCCUGAGGCAUCAUGUCCGUUAAACACGCCACAACUAUACGCCAAGAACUGGGCAAUGGGCCUGGAAACAUUCCUCCAGACAGAGGAGAAUGUAAGGGAAAACCCGUAUGAGAGAGAGACAAGUUUUUCUAACGAUAUUUUUGAGGUUUAUAACUUUCAUGGUACUGAUAGGUCAGUUGAUCAGGACGCUGCCCACCAUAAGUUGGGGAAAGAAAGCGAUGCGUGGAUGUCACCGUACGAGAGCGAUAGUCCCUCACUGAUUACCAUUGAGGAAGAAGCCGUUGAACCAUCUUAUCUUGAAGAAGAUAGCCCCCGCCGUAAUGAUCAGACGAAAUAUGAGAGUGGUGUGUUUGAGGCUUUUACGGACAUGUUAAAGGACAAUCUGAUGGGGAAGGGUUUGGCAAUUCAAAAGUUGAUUGAGGAGGAUGAUGUCAAAGAGGAGGUGUUUGUAUCUCCAGAAAGAGAGACUUUGUUUGAGUCUGGUUUUGUUGAUGAUACACCUCUAAAAGAAGGUACUGUGGUCAACCCGUCUGAACCGCCGUACACAUUCAUAGACGAGUUAUUAGACUACCUGAGUGAGGAAGAACGUUCCAUGAGCUUAGACGGUAAACAAGAAACCACAAUGGCAGAACAGGUUGAGAUAACGAGUGCCCCAUCCAAGCCAAGCUAUUCCUGGGAUAACUUGUUCUAUGUCGGCCCAAAAUCUGAUGAAGAUAUCGAUCAUGAUAGGAAAUCAUCUCAGCAUUCUGAUCCUCCAACUCCUGGGAAGGAGAGAAACAGCUGUGAUAAUUCCCACCCCUUUUCAUCCACGCCAAAUAUAAAGUCGAACAAAGAGAUCGCAGUGCCAUCUAAACUGGUAGACAAUCAUCCGCCGAACACUCUAGAUCUACUGCGAUCCCCGCAUGAUUUAAGGCAAUGUGAAGUCACUCCAGAGGCUCUCACUAGCCCAUUUGAAAAACUUGAACAGGAAUUAGCUGAGCAAGAAUUCGCUGAUCUUGCUGGUGGGUUUUCUUCUAAUGUAUGGAGGACUCCAAUGAAAGAAUGUCGGAGUGUACCAGAACGUGGGUUAGACUUGAGUCCAGUUGAACAGCAAACAGUUCGCAAUCUUCUGUCUAUGUCGCCUCCAGCAUCGCCGCCGAGGGUCCCACCAAGGUCAGGUUCCAACACUGCCGGAAAGUCUGAUGACAGGGAGAACUUCCAUGGUGCAUCUAUACUAGCUUUUCAGAGUGCAUCUGUCAAGGUCGAUCCUGAGGUUUACCGAAAUGAUGCGAACAAAAUUUCGCCUGAUUCUAAUUCCAAUAUUCAUGCUCUAUAUGAAAACCGGUCUGUUCCAGAUAGACCACAUGUUGUUUCUCAAUCGCCAGCUACUACAAAACCACCACCAGUGCCCAUCAAACCAAGGACACCGACUGCCAAAAAUGCAAAAUUGCUGCCGAUUUCAUUAAGUGAUAAUUUAGAUGGUUUAUUGUGUGAAAGUAGCAGAGAUAAAGCCAUUGAUGAUGAUGUGUUCUAUUCAGACAACACUGGGCUGAAACAAAUGACAGUUGAAAGGAAACCGAGUGCGGUUAAAUAUUUAGCGAAGAAAUUUGAAUCUUCACCAGAUGAUCGGUGCAAACAUCCUAACCAGGCCAAUACAGGCGCAGAAGGACAUCAGAAAGAUAACUCAACCUUGUUUUAUACAGGCCCAGUGGACAAAACUAGUCAAUCGGCAAAUGAAGAAAGGGACAAUAAAAAGAAAUACAAUAUUCACGUAGUUGAUCCCACACUGCCUGUAAUCCGGCGGCCUAAAUUGAACUCAUUACGACCAUUGGCACCCCGGCGACCUUUUAGCUGGAGUGGAUACCUUGAUACGACGAAUAUACCAAGCGCGUCGACAGAUGAUGGUGAUGCUACAGAGCAGAAGAUGAUGAAAAGUAUGCCGUCACUCGCUGAUGAGAUUCAGGAGGAGACAAGACGUCGGAAGGUUUCUUCAUACGAAAAGAUUAUGUCGCCAAAGCCGUUCACGAAGGAUAUGAUCCACGUCCCAUUGGCACAAGCAAUUGAGCCAGUUGCAAAGCAAGAACGCAGCCUCGCUGGUCCGUUCCAGAUCGACAUGCUGAAGAGUAUCCUUGGCAUUGGGGUCAAGGUUACAGUGACUGCUGACGGCCAAGUGAUGGUGCGGGAGAUAGAGAGGUCUAGUUCGUUGAUGAACCUGGGCAAAGUGAAAGAGGGUGACUACUUGCUGUGUGUCAACAGUACGGUUGUGAUUGGUUUAUCCCAGGCCAGAGUUGACCAGAUUUUACGAUUGCUGCCGCGGGGUCUGAAUAAACUCAUUCUAUCGACGACGCCCUAUUAUCUGGACAAGGAUAAAGGAAAACCUUCCGUUUAUUGUGGACCAGAACAUGAACCAACACAUAGGGGACGCCCUGUGCCGGGAUUGUUCAGGUCUGUCAGUGCCAGCUACCCAGAAUCCACCAGCCACGGUAUUGAUCCCUCAACACUCGACCGCAUCAGGUCUGAGAUCGAUGCUUGGAAGUGCUACCUACCCAUCAAAUCGAAAGUUGUUUCACCAAAGAGAACAGCGUCACUUAGUAAAAUCCAUAUCAUCUAUGGCGAGAGACAAGACCCAAACAAUAUCAUCACAAAUGAGAAAAAUUCCAAGGAGUUGCAAAGAGCCGUUGAUGAUAUCAAUGUGUCAUCAAAACCAUCUGCGAAUACCAAAUCAGUUGAGACGCCAGAAGCCGACAAACCACCAGAAAUUAAAGGAAAGGAACAAUUGGAUCAACCAUUUGACGAAAAGGACAGUGUAAUUGCCACAGAAGUCUCCACGCUCUGUGAUGCUGCAAAUUGUGGUGGUGAAAAGCUGGGAAAUGCUGGAGAAAUCGUAUGUGAUGUGUCGCUUGAUUUACAAACCGUGGAUAAAGAUUGUGAUGUUAACCCCACAGAGACUGAGAGUUAUGAACUUGAAUCAACAUCACUUCCUGAAGUCGGCAUAUCAGAUGCAGACAACAACUCCGUCACAGCUAAAACCACCACUCCUGAAGACAUCCAAGCUUUUUCUCCAGCUGAUGCUUUGGCAGUGGAAGUGCCUGAUCAGUAUCCUGUGGCUGAUGUUGAACACCUGCCACCAGAAUCCUCUGCCAGGUGUCCUUCACCAGUCGAAUGUGUGAGCGAUCUCUCCAAGGAGGAGGAAGACUGGGAGAUCACAUCCUCGUCUACCACCUCUGACGACUCGAGCAUCUUCACUAUGAUAUCUGUUGAUCUGAACAAAGAGUAUUCUUUCGAGGUGAAUCCGUCCAAUGAAAGUGACCUCUCCAAUGAUGAACAAUUUUAUCUGAUUCCAAGUCCCCCGCUUACAAUUUCUAGUGAACGGCCUGUGGCUAUAUCUGGUGACAGCAUCGUACCUAAUCUCCCCGAUACGGCCUCGCCAGUGACUGACAAUGACUUUGUUGCUGCUGCGGAUGAUUCUGGGGACAAUCGGGUACCAAGUCUCGCAACAUCAUCCCCUCCUAUUGCAGAUGAAGGUUGUUCAUCUUCUGCCGCUAUAAGGAUGCUGAUACGCCAAGAACAGGUUGAGGAGGUUCUCGAUCAUCCCAGGGAAGCAAAAGAUGCUGCAACACCAGUGAUUUAUUUGGAAGAGGGGGAGUUGGAGUCUGCCGUGCAAGAUGUACAAAUGCACAAGGAGACAAUAUCAGGUGGUGUAGUCACUAAUGAUGUCCCCAUGCUCCAACAAAAGGUGCCUUGCCCAAGAUAUGCACCCUUGCCGUUGUUCAGCCCAGCAAUAAUCAGGAGUCACUCGGACUACUUCUUUGGCAAACCGCCCCCAAAUUUGAAGCCAUUUGCAAGAAGUGAUUCAGUAAGAAGCUUGGGGGCGACAACUUAUAAAGGUCUAGUCAACAUUGAAUCACAAUCACAGAAAAAAACUAAGGUGAUCAAAUCAAUGUCAUUUUCCGAUGCAUUUGUGAAACAAACAGUUCCGUUAGAUUUUGUGAAGGAGCGCAGAGCUCUUUUUGAGUCCAGGUUGGCUUGUGAGGAGGUUCCACUGAAAAAGCCUGUGGUGAACUUGCAGUCUAUCAAACAGGGUAUGAGGGGGUUUAGGAAUGAGUGGGAGGAGACAUUCCAGUUAGGUAAUGGCGAAUCUGAUGAUAUGCAUUGCAAAGCAAAAGGGAAGUCAAAAUGUGAUCAUGAAUAUGAAGAUGAUUUGAUUCGUCAUAAAGAUAGUGGUUCAGGAGAAAAGGAGGGGUGGUGCCGAGAUACAGAGUUGUUGCAUGAUUCAUCAUUCGAUCAUGAGCUGACACCAGAGCGAGAGAGGGCUACCAAAUCAGAGAGCAGUUUCACUGAGAGUGAUUCUACAUCUGGGUUCCUUGACGUGCCAUCAGAUCCUGAUGUCUACGAUGCUGAAAGCCCAUUGCCACUGGAGCCAGUCUUGGAUGAACAUGGCGUGAUGGAGGUGAGCCUUGUCAAGGGUACCACAGGCCUCGGCUUCUGUAUCGAGGGAGGCAUGGGAUCUCUGCUUGGUGAUGUCCCAGUAAGGAUCAAGAGAAUAUUCAAAAGUGGGCCUGCUCAGAAAGGUGGUGUUCUCCAAAAGGGUGAUGAAAUCUUGAAGGUCAACGAUCAAGCCAUUCGGAGGUUGAGCCACUUUGAGGCGUGGAAUGUACUGAAGUCGCAGGAACCUGGAGUUAUCAAGCUGCUCAUUCACAGACCACAAGAGAAACCAUCUCCAUCAAUGUGAAAAUCUGAAUACUGUCUGUUUUUCAUCAAAUGUCGACUUUUAAGUACCGGUACGGGAAGUUGACGACGUUGGUCCAUCUAUAGAUGCAAGUUUGUCCACAUCAGUAAAUUUGAUGAAUGUUUUAAAAACCAGUUUUUCUUUACUUUGCAUACUUCAAAUUAUUAAAUUGAAUUAGAAAUUUUGGUAGAAAUGUUUGACUGACCAAUGUCUGAAGGACAUUAUGAGUAUCCAACUUUAGUUUUGAUUAUUCAUUUAGUUUUGAUUAUUCAUUUCUCGUUAAUCAAAACCAUCAAUUGUACAAAUGUAGUUACUGCCUUAUUUAACGGGAUAAGUGUAAUUGAAGUUUAUAUCUUGCAUUUCUAUUCUAUACAGUUUCUCUAUAAAAUGUCACAAGUUGUAAUCAUAUCGCUGGUGGCUCUUGCAGCAUGUUCAGUGUCGAGUUCUUGAUCAAGCAUGAUUUUGCUGUAAAUAUUUUCAUUGUUUGAAUUGGACCAGUUAGUAAAACGGAUGUGGUCAUAACCAAGGUUGACUUCUUAAACAUGUUUCUCUUGGCAUCUUUUGAUAAAUUUGAAAUCAAGGGGGGGGUUCUGUGAUCGGCUGUUAUAGUAUUUGAAGAAUGUUGUCAAUUUUCAUAUAGCGAACAAGUAAUCUUUGAACUUCUAGUCUUCUUGCAGUAUUAUAACAUUCAUUCCCUCCAUUCACUGGAGAUAAGAAAUGUGUACAUUUUGCAUUUCUUCCGAGGUUUUUUCUUAAAACUUCAAAGGUAACAUGUAGCGGCACAUAGAAAUCAUUUAUUGUGUACUCUUUUCUUGAGAUUAGCAAGUUGGUUAACUUUUGAUGUGAUUUGCAAUUAAAGUUCACAGCUUGAAUUGUAUUGAGUUCUUCUUGUUCACCUGAGGCUGAAGAAUUCUUUCAUUGUAUGUAAGCAUGUAUUAUGUGAUCAUUUUCAAUGUUCUUAGUUUAUUGGAAUAAACAGCCACGGCUGGUCUUGUGUAAAUAAUUGACAGCAAUAAUAUCGAUAUUUUCAGUA